GGCUUUUAGAAUCGAAGAGUUGGCCGUGAGCGUGGUGUCUCGAUUUCGUGCAUUUUUUUAAAUAAAAACAAUUAAAAACAUUCAGUUUUUGUGAUAUUAAACGUAAAUGAUACGAAUAACUUAAGUUUAUUGUGCCGUUGAAGCAGUUCUGCGGAAGUUUUGUGUUUAGGUUUGAAUAUGCUUGUGCUCCGUUCAAGAUUUUGCUUCGAAAACAUCACAUUUAUAAGAAUCAAAAUGGUGACAGAAUGACAAGCAUUUUAAAGCUAAACCAAGACUGAUAAGAAAAUUUCCAAGAUGCCUUCAAUCACCGAACACAGUGCCUUUAGAUGCCUUAAUUUAGUGCUAGCCUUCAUUUUACCGAGUCUAAGCCUGUGCUGGCUUCCCGACACGACCACGAAAUUGGUGAACAAUCACAAGCAACUGUCGAGCAUUAGUUUUUUGGGCAACAGCAACGCCAGUGAUCAUUUCGUUGUCUUGUAUCAAGACAAGCAGUCCAUAUUACUUGGCGGGAUGAAUCGAGUGUACAAUUUAUCCAUAUACGAUUUGACUGAAAGACCGGAAUCGAACAUAUUCUGGAACUCUUCCGAUGCCCACGAACAAUUGUGCAUCCUCAAAGGAAAAACCGACAGCGAUUGCCAAAACUACAUCAGAAUUUUAUUCAGGACAUCGGACACCGAAGAUAAGUUCAUAGUGUGCGGCACAAACUCAUACAAGCCGCUCUGCAGAAAUUACAGCCGAAAGAAUGGGAACUUCGCGAUGGAAAAAGAGACUGAAGGCAAAGGGUUGUGCCCGUACGACCCCGAGCACAACAGCACGGCGAUCUACAGCAACGACCACUUGUUCGCGGCGACGAUGGCCGAUUUUUCGGGAGGCGACCCCCUCAUCUACCGAGACGGCACCAGCGGACUGAGAACGGAAAUCUCCGACUUCAAGCAACUCAACGCUCCGAACUUUGUUAGCUCGCUGACCUACAACGACUACGUGUACUUUUUCUUCCGCGAAACGGCUGUGGAGUUCAUGAAUUGCGGAAAAGUCAUCUACUCCAGAGUUGCGAGGGUUUGCAAGCACGACAAGGGUGGACCUAGAUUGUUCAAGAACAGGUGGACCACCUUCCUGAAGGCAAGACUCAACUGCUCCGUACCUGGAGAGUACCCAUUCUAUUUCGACGAAAUACAAUCCACAAGCGAGGUGAUAGAGGGUAACUACGGUUCAAACGCCAGAAGUAAAGUUGUGUAUGGUGCUCUAACAACCCCCAACAACGCUAUAAGCGGUUCCGCCAUCUGCCUCUACCAAAUGGAAGACAUGAAUAAAGUUUUCCAAGGUGCUUUCAAACAACAAGACAGUAUUAACUCCAAUUGGUUACCAGUUCCUCAGGAUAAAGUGCCCACCACUCCAAGACCUGGAGAAUGCGUUCAGGACAGCAGGAUUCUGCAGGAUGCCAAUGUUAAUUUCAUCAAAACGCAUUCUCUCAUGGAGGAGGCAGUUCCAGCUCUAUUUGGAAGGCCUAUUCUCAUCAAAGUCAGCCUGCACUACAGGUUCACCAGCGUCACAGUGGAUCCGCAAGUCCCCACGGAUAAUAACAGAUACUUCUUCGAUGUCUUAUACAUUGGAACAGACGACGGUAAGAUCAUAAAGGCCGUGAACAUCCCGAGCGAGGAUUCGGCUAAAGGAUUCGUGAUCUCGGAGAACGAGGUGUUCCCGCUCGGCUCGGCCGUGAAGCAGCUGAAGCUCGCGCCCGGCUACGGCCGAGUGGUGGCGGUGAGCGAGGGCGAAGUGAAGCUGGUCACGCUGAACCACUGCGCGAGCGCGAGCCACUGCGCCGGCUGCGUGGAACUGCGCGACCCGCACUGCGCGUGGGACACGAAGCACGGCGCGUGCGUCAGCGUCGACGCGGUGACGUCGCGACGCUUUUUGAUACAGGACGUGCGGUACGGCGAGGUUGCCAGGUGUCGCAAUCGGGCGGUCGACAACGACGUCGCGCCCAAAGUCGAGGUUACGUUGAGCGAGGGCCGAGGCGAGAAUGUCGACAAGGAGGAUCCGCUCUUGAUCGACGGCACUUUGGACGAUGGGUGCAACGAAGUGGGCGGCGAUAGCAAGAUCAGGGGGUGCGCGGUGCAGAACCGACUCAACAUGUACACCUCCGAGUAUCUGCACAUUUUCGUCGCCACCGCCAGCUUGGCGGGGCUUUUCGUGGGGUUUUUGUGCGGGUACUUUGUCUCGCGGCGAUUUCAGAAUCAGCCUCAAUACCCCAAUUCGGCGUUUAUUGAACAGCACAAUCAUUUAGACAGAAGCGUGAAUCAGAACAGUUUUUUAGCUUCGAGGAAGCAGGUUAAUCUAGUCCUGAACGUGUCGAAUAGCGAGUCCUUCGACACGCUGCCCCCGAAAAAGGACAAUUUGGGUUCGACGAAGAAUUUGAACAUCACGAACGAAGGAACGUUGCAGAAGAUCAAGAAGACUUACAUAUGAAGAAUAUUUGUACCUGUAAAAACAGACUGUAGAUGUCGCUGAUGACUCGAAUGAAUUAAAGGUACUAUUCUUUUGUUGCCAGGUCCGAUUUAUCGUUGCCUUUAAUAUGUUUGACUCGCUGAAAUGAUCAAUUCGAUUUUUAGUUUGUAUUAUAGCGAAAUACUUUGAAGCUCAAUGUACAUUUUAUUGAUUAUCGUAUAGAAGAGAUCACACAAAUAUAAUUAUUUUUACCUGUUAGUUUUGUAAAAAAUAAAAUAAAUAUGGAUGAACAAACUGGUGCAGUUAAUAGUACUACUGGGCGUACUAAAUAUUAUUUAGGGUACGGUCUCUUAUAUACUUCUGUACAUUUCUUAAUUUUAGCUUUACUUUAGGAAUUUAGUAUCUAUUAUUGUGAUAUAUUAUUAUACAUGAGAGGCUUAUUUUUGACUUAAAUAGCCCGAAAAAGCUCUAUGAUCACCGUUUUAAAAUGUAUUAUUAAAUAUUCAAUUACAUUGCCCAUUUUGUUGCGUAAAAGUAUUAAUUUUUAUAAACCAUUUUAAACAAGUGAUUUUUUAUAAAAAAAUAGUGAUGAAUCUGUGAAAAUGUUUAAUUUCAUAGUACAAACCCGCCACAAAAUUUUAUAUUUACUUAUAGUAUUGUAAAACAUUUUUACAUUUUCAUCUUGCAAUUAUUAAUGAUGUAUUUUCGAUAAAAAAAAUUCCACAUUAUAUCAUAUUUAACGCUAUUUGAUCUCAUUUUACAUAAUAUUUUUCCA